AUGAAACUGACACCAAGAGACAUGCUGCCCCCUCCAAGCGUUAAAGGAAAAUCAACUGAACAGCAGCACAACAAUGGUGGUACAAACAACUGUGUGCCUCGGUAUUUACAACUUUCAGGCAGCCAGUUGACUUUAAACGCCCUGAGAAGAGUUCACCAUGGAGCCUGUCUUUACUCACUCUCAGACUGCUUCUUUCACAAGAAUGGAGUGAGGACUAAAUAUGGCCUCCACCCAGACUCCAGCGUGUUAGGAAGAGUGUUUUACAGCCAGGGUGCAAUCCACCCAUCAGUCAGACUAUGUGAAACUCAGCACUAUGGGAGAAGGUCAUUUAGUUUAUCAGCUGCUACGAUUGUGAACUCAGCACCAGCGCCUGUCCAGCCAUAUCUCCGUCUGAUGAGGCUCGACAAACCUAUUGGGACAUGGCUGCUGUACCUCCCGUGUACAUGGAGUAUUGCCCUGGCUGCUGACCCUGGAUGCCUCCCAGAUCUGGGCAUGCUCACUCUGUUUGGUACAGGUGCUCUGUUAAUGAGAGGAGCAGGCUGCACCAUCAAUGACAUGUGGGAUAAAGACUUUGACAAAAAGGUAUCCAGGACAGCCACUCGCCCCAUUGCCUCAGGGGAGAUUUCUCGAAUGCAGGCACUAGUCUUCCUGGGAGGGCAGCUCACACUUGCACUUGGGGUCCUUCUGUGUCUCAACUACUACAGCAUAGCUCUGGGUGCUGCUUCGUUAUCUCUUGUCAUCACCUACCCACUGAUGAAGAGGAUCACAUAUUGGCCACAGUUUGUGCUAGGCCUCACUUUUAACUGGGGAGCGCUGCUUGGCUGGUCCGCUGUUCAGGGCUCCUGUGAUUGGUCUGUGUGCCUCCCACUGUAUUUCUCAGGAGUGAUGUGGACGCUGAUAUACGACACCAUAUAUGCACAUCAGGAUAAGGAGGAUGACGUCAAGGUAGGAGUCAAAUCUACUGCACUGAGGUUCCAGGAGCAAACCAAAUCUUGGCUGAGUGGCUUCACAGUGGCCAUGAUGUCAGGACUUGUUGUAGCUGGGAUCAAUGCUGAACAGACCCUCCCUUACUAUACUGUGCUGUCUGCAGUGGCCAUCCACCUAACGCACCAGAUUUACACCUUGGACAUCAACAAACCAGAGGACUGCUGGAAGAAAUUUGUGUCGAACAGAAAUCUUGGACUAUUGUUAUUUUUAGGCAUUGUUGCUGGCAACUUGUGGAAAGAAAGAAGAGAGAGUUUGCUGCAAAAUGAGGAAGUAUGAUGAAGUGAGAAGAUCGGUGCACAGCAUAUUUUAUUACAGCACAUACUACAUCAUUGCACACUAUGUUUUGUGAUUUUGACAAAGCUCUACGAGGGAUCAAAAAGAUGUGCUGUAAACUCUGUGAUUUUAACCCACACAGUAAAGUAACUGUGUAAAUUUCUUUGCUCAUAAAACAUAAUUUACAGUUACUGGCUUUAAAAAAUAUUUAUAAAUUCAACUGUAUUUUGAGAUUCAAUUAAAUAAUAAAAUCAUUUUACAUGUGUAGUGAAAA